AGCGGGCCCCGACAGGGGGGGACCGCCCCAGGGGCGGGAACAUCGGCCCCCCCACCGCCCAUGCAGCCCCAAGUCCGGGGCCCGGGUGCUCCACCGCGCCCACUCGAAGAAGACGCACGGCCUCAGCUGAAGUGCUCGGAGUUUCGCGUGGACUUCUUGGAUCCGCGCUGGACCCCCCGAGGCCAGACGCCCCCCGAGAGAAUACGCAAUUUCUCCAUCAUCGCGCACAUCGAUCACGGGAAGUCCACCCUGGCGGACCGGCUGCUGGAGGAGACCGGCACCAUCAACAAGGAGGACAUGCAGAACCAGAUCAUGGACACCAUGGACAUCGAGCGCGAGCGCGGCAUCACGAUCAAGCUGAACACCGCGAGGAUGAACGUGGUGGGCAAGGACGGGCUGCAGUACGUGCUCAACCUUAUCGACACGCCUGGUCACGUUGAUUUCUCGUACGAGGUGAGCCGCUCCCUGGCGGCCUGCGAGGGGGCCCUGCUGGUCGUGGACGCCUCGCAGGGCGUGGAGGCCCAGACGCUGGCCAACGUGACGCUGGCGAUGGAGAACGACCUCGAGAUCCUGCCCGUCCUCAACAAGAUCGACCUGCCCCACGCGGACCCGGACCGCGUCGCCAGCGAGAUCGAGGACACGAUCGGCAUCGAGUGCACCGAGGCCAUCCACUGCUCCGCGAAAGCCGGCAUCGGCAUCAGGGACAUUUUGGACGAGAUCAUCGCAAAGAUCCCUUCGCCCUCGUCGGACCGUUCCGCGCGCGCGCCCCCGCCGCGCGCUGGGGGUCUUCGCUGGAGGAUCGAGCGAGCAUCGGGGAGGCAGCCGAGGCAGGCGAGGCGCCGCGAGCGCGCAAGCCGCCCCUUCCCCUGCGCCAUGGGGGGGCAGGACC